AUGACGUCACACAUAAUUCCAUCAGUUUUUUGGGCCCAGAAAAGUUCAGAAACCACUGACCAAGAGAAUUUGAUUCGUCUGUCCGUCAACAUUCCCGACAUUGCAACAUCAUGUUUGAAGUGCACAACUGCCGUCUUGGAUAAAACUCUUUCAUUUCGGGCUUAUCCCAGAGAAAGUCUGAACGAAGCCAAAUAUGCAUUUGACCUAGUUCUAUAUUCAAAAGUUGACUCGGAGGCUAUGGUUGUGAGGCAGGAUCUUCCGAGGAAAUGUCUUGUGAUCACCCUGAAGAAGGUUGAUAAGAGUUCACGGGACUGGCCACGAUUACAAAACGACGAGGAAAUCCCACCUUUUGUAAAACAGGAUCCCACCCCCUGGACAAACUACGAGGAGGUGCAGAGUUUUAUGAAUGUCAGUCACGAACCUCAAUUACUUAUUGUUAUAACUGAUCAAACACAGCCGGAGUAUCUUGAACAAUGCGGAAUAUUCUUUCUGCGCAAAUUUGAACGAUUUGGCGAUAUACAGGACCUCAAACAAUCUAUUUUAAACUUCGAAGAAUCGGUGAAGCGCACCCCAGACGAGCACGAGGAGAUGGCCGACCGCUUGAACGGCCUAGCGUGUGCCUUACAAUCGCUCUUUGAUCUUACUGGAGACCUUGCAGACAUUACUAAGGCUAUCUCGACACUCGAAGAUGCUGUAAGGCUAGCUCAUGAAGGCGAUCCGAAUCUACCUAAUAUUUUCAGCAACCUGGGGAUUUUGCAUCGAUGCAGGUUCAAGCAAACAAAAGAUCUAGGCGACAUUGACCACGCAGUAGAGUACCACACGAAGGCGCUUAAUUCCACUUCCGACGACCAUCCAAGGUGGCUUAAUAACCUUGUGAUUUCUUACGAAAUUCGUUUCAAUCUUAGCCAUAACCUCGAUGAUCUCGAUUUUGUCAUAUCUCACUUCCGGAAGAUGGAGGAAUCCUGCCCCCCGAGCAAUCUCCCCAAUAUCCUCACCAAACUCGGAAACCUUUAUGCGGAUCGUUUCAACUGUACUCAAGACAUAAACGAUAUUGACCUGGUUGUAUCAUAUCAUCGCAAAGCUGUUGAUAAUGCUAAUUCAAACAAAGACAUCCUUUGGAGGUCGUUCAUAAAUCUUGCAAUCGCAUACAGGACGCGCUCAGAACAAUUCCAUGAUGUACACGAUAUCAAUCUUGCUAUUUCUUUUGGUCACCAAGCGUUGGACUGCUCUCCUCAUGAAGGUCCGACGCGUCUCAUGUCUCUGGAAAAAUUGGCAUCUUCGUAUCAUUCCCGUUUCAAGAAUAGUGAGCAACUUCAAGACGCCGAUGUCUCCAUCGACUAUUGGAAGCAGGUUCUAGAUUUGACUUCUGCAGAUGAUCCUUCUUAUCCCAGUCGACUCCAUAAGCUGGGAAAUGCAUACGUCAGUAGGUUUGAGCUCACUGGAAGUCUGGAAGACAUUGAGGCUGCUAUAUCAUACCACCAGAAAACAAUCGAUUUCGCACCAUCUGGACAUCCAGAUCUUCCGAGUUGGAAUCAUGGGCUUGGGUUUUCAUAUACACGCCGGUUCGAACGGUCGGGAAAUCUUCUCGAUUUAGAUUUGGCUAUAGCGUGUAAUAAGAAGGCAGCAGACUCCACACAUCCUGGGCAUGAAGAUCUUUCAGGAUUUUAUAAUGGUCUAGGACAUUCUUAUGGACGUCGCUUCGAACGCACGGGAGACCUUCUGGACAUAGAUUCGGCAAUUUCGUAUCACAAAAUGGCCUUGGAAUGUGAUAGCUCGACUAACAACGCAAGCCUCUGCGCAAAUCUGGGAACGUCCUAUCUUCUUCGUUUUAAUCGCACUGGUGACUUUGAAAAUAUCAAUUCGGCGAUUUCCUAUCAUGAAAAGGCUGUAAAGCUUACACCAUCCAACGCUCAAAACCUUGCCGUCUACCUAAGCAACCUUGGCCGAUCUUACUUGUCGCGUUUUGAGCGGACUGGUGACCUUGAAGACAAUAACCGCGCCCUCAUGUACAAUCAGAAGGCGGUGCAAAGCACUCCCCCCGGACAUUCUGAGCUUACCCGGCGAAUCCACAACCUGGGAGAUGCUCACCUGUCUCGAUUCAUGGUGACCGGAGAUCUUCAAGAUAUUGAUUAUGCAAUAUCGUACCACCAAAAGGGGGUGGACUCAAUGCCUUCGGAUCACCCUGACUUGUCGAUUCUGCUUUGUGGCCUAGGAUAUUCGUAUAGAGUGCGCUUUGAACACUCCAAAAUCGAUCAAGACAUUAACCAUUCCAUUUCCUAUCAUCAUAAAGCGGUUGAUUUCACUCCCCCCGAUCAUGCAGAGUAUCUAAGAUAUCUUAACUUGUUGGCCAACGCCUAUGAUACUCGCUUCAGGCAUUCCCAUAACGUGGAGGACAUUGACACUGCAUUGAUCCUUCACCACAAAGUAAUUGACCUGGCUCCAGCUGGCCACGCGGUUCUUCCAAACUGGUUAAACAAUCUGGGAACGUCAUAUGAGUUGAAGUUCGACCAUACGCAGGACCUCUGCGAUAUCGACAACAGCAUCGCAUUCAUAAGAAAAGCCUUGGACUGCGCACCUAAGGAUCAUACGGCUCGAGGAGCGUGGCUCGGUAAUCUUGGAAAUGCUCACGGCCUUCGUUUCAAGAAAACUUGUUUCAUUGACAACAUUGACCUCUCUAUAUCAUAUUUCCAACAAGCUAUUGAUCUCACGCCUGCCACGUAUUCCAUUCUCACCACGAUGUUGUACAGCUUGGGUAUCUCGUAUGCAUGUCGGUUUGAGCUUUGCGAUUCGCAACCUGAUAUACAGGCUGCAAUUCAGGCAUAUCGCAAAGGCGCCAAUGCACCAGGGACUCCAUCUGCUCGCCUUGAUGCUGCAACAAAGGCUGCGUUUAUCUCAUUCGACUAUGAUCGCGAGGGAUGUCUAAGUGACUUUUCACUCGCUAUAGAUUUACUGUCAGAGGUAGCGGCUUUAUCGCAGACAAUCUCUCGCCGUCAUUACAACCUCCAAGGUCAUUCUAAUCUCAUAAGGGCAGCAGCUGGCGCAGCAUUAGAUUUUGGUAGACUUGAUCUUGCUCUGGAAUGGCUGGAACAGGGAAGAUGUUUGGUUUGGAGUCAGAUAAAUCAGCUCCGAACACCGAUUGACGAUCUUAAAGAGAAACAUCCGAACCUAGCUGAUAGGUUCUUGAACUUAGCUAAAGCGUUGGAGCAUCAUGGAACUCGAAAGGUUCCGGCUACAGUGGAGUCUGGUAUAAAUCUUGCAGACGAUAUCAGCCUUCAAAGUCAAGCACUGGAUCAUACGCUAUUUGCAGCUCAAUACAAAAGCCUUUUGUCGGAAAUUCGAAGUCAGAAAAACUUCGAACGCUUUCUUUUGCCCGCAAAGGCCGCCCAUAUCCUAGCGUCUCUACCUGCUGAAGGGCCUGUCAUAAUAUUUAAUAUUUCCAGGACUAGCUGUGAUGCCUUAGCGCUUGUAAAGGAUAGCAGUGCUCCAUUGCACGUACCCCUUACAGAAUUUGACAUCAAACAGGCCGAGGCGCUGCAGAAAAUUCUUCAAGUUGAUGUUCUGGACAAACGUGAUGUCGACAAUCAGGAACGUGGAACUCGCCGUCGUCAUGAACGUCCAGAGCCUAUGAGGUAUAUAUUAAAGGAACUCUGGCAGAAGAUUGUUUGGCCAAUUAUCAAGGCAUUAGGUUAUACGGCCUCCAAUGAACCACUAAACCGGCGACGCAUAUGGUGGUGCCCCGUUGGUCCUCUUGCUUUUCUCCCUCUCCAUGCAGCAGGAAUAUACGGAUCAGAGUAUUGUACUGGCUCUAAUGUUCGUGACUAUGUGGUGUCGUCAUACACGCCAUCCGUGCGCUUCCUCCUGGAGAAGAUGGCGUCAAAACCUGUACAAUCCACAUCUACUGAUAUCCUUCUAAUCAGCCAGCCUGACACACCAGGACUGAACCCUAUACCUUCGGUUCGUAAAGAGACGCAUGAUAUUCAAACCCUAUUCCUUGGAACUGGGAUAGAAACACGAUUGCUGGAGGACACGAGCGCAACAAAGGAGAAUGUCAUGAAAGAGAUGGUUUCUCACAAUUGGGUUCACUUUGCAUGUCAUGGUGUUCAAGAUCAUGGAGAUGCGCUUUCUAGCGGCCUGUGCCUUUAUGAUGGUCGCCUGGGACUUCUUGACAUUAUGCAGCAGAAUAUCCCAAACAAAGAUUUGGCAUUCCUCUCGGCCUGUCAGACCUCAAAAGGGGACGAUAGGCUUUCAGAAGAGGCCGUCCAUACUGCUGCAGGUAUGCUGUCAGCAGGAUAUCGUGGAGUUGUGAGUACGAUGUGGAAUAUUUCUGACGCUUAUGGACCGAGGUUUGCUAUCAAAUUCUACGAAUACAUAGUUAACAACAAGCAAUCCAACGGGAACCUGGACUGUGGGGAUGCAGCAUUUGCGUUAGACUAUGCGACAAAACAAGUUCAACAAUGUCUGGUGGACUGUGAUAGCUCAUUUUCCCAAUGGGUCCCUUAUGUACAUUUUGGUUACUAG